AUGAAGGGUAAAGGGGAGGUGUCUGGCAAGAGUAAGAAGGUAUUUCACAUAGGAGAGCGAUCUUCGACUAGAUUGGAGACGCACGGAGUCCCGAAAGGUGGCUACUUGGUGAUGAAUGCUAUGGCUUUUCGUGUAUCGGUGGUAGUGGUGGUGGAUCUUGAUUUGCCUUCUUCUUCUGAUGCUGACAUCGAUGAGGCCAAUGACGGAAGGAUGCUGGAAGCAGUGGGGUUAGGGGACAGUAGAAGGAAAAAGGAUGUUCUGUUUUUGGUUACUAAAUAUAAACCAGUAAUUGUGGCAUUACAGGAGAUCAAACUUCUAAGGCCUACUCUCUUUGGGGCUAUGGAAGUUUGGGCCUCAGGUGCAGUCUGUUUUUGUGAGAUUGAUGCAGUAGGUAGCUCUAGUGGUCUUUGGGUUUUGUGGGACCCUUUGUUGGUCCAAACUUUUGAGACUAUUGUGAAAAACAAUUGCUUAUUUUUGGGUUUCAAUGGCCCUAUUUCAGGGUUCUCAUGGGGUUUCAUGAAUGUUUAUGGGCCUAAUAUCUCCUCUUUGAAAUCUGCUUUUAUUUUUGAGACGAAUGAGUUGAUCCGUCUGUUCCAUUUCCCGGUGGUAAUAGGGGGGGAUUUCAAUCUUAUUAGAUGGCCGCAUGAGUCCGUUGCAGGGUACCCAAUCAACACUUACAUGAGGAAUUUUAAUUCUUUCAUUGAGAGCAAUGCUCUUAUGGAUCCUCCCAUUAUUAGAUCGCAAUUUAUUUGGUCAAAUAAUAGCAUUGCUAAUUUAGCGACAUCUAAAUUAGACAGAUUUUUGUUAGCUUUAGAGUGGCAGGAGGUCUUUCCACUAGCCUUUGUCAAAGCGUUGGCUAGGUUGUCCUCCGAUCACCUCCCCAUUGUUUUGGAUAUAGGGUCACUUAUGUCUGGGCCGAGACCUUUUAGAUUUGAUGUUAGUUGGAUAGAUAACUUAGAGGUGGUGGAGCUUAUUAAGAAAACCUGGUUGAAUUCUGUGGAGGUGGGUUCUAUGGAUUUUCAAUUGCACAAAAAAUUGAUAAGCGUCAAAUACAAAGUGAUUGGUUGGAAAAAGGAUAAUAAAUUCAAUCUUAAGGGUAAGAUUGAUGGGGUUCUAGCUGAUAUUAAAUUAUUGGAUCUUAAUGCUCAGUCAUAUGGAGUUCUAACUAAGCAGAUGGUAGUGGAACGUGGGGUUAAACUGAAGGAGUUGGAGGAUUUGCGAAGAUCUGAAGAAAUUUAUUGGAAACAAAUAUCUAUGAAUUUAUGGUUGAAGGCAGGUGACCUAAACACUAAGUUUUUCCAUACCAUUGCUAGUGCCAGAAGAAGACAGAAUGAUAUUUCGGGUCUGAAUAUCCCUGGGUUAGACCAUGAGGAUAAUGCUGCCAUGGAAAUGGGGGUCAUUAGCCAUUUUAUAAAGCCUUUACUAAAGAGGUGGUGA